AUUGCGCAUCAUCGGAACAUACAAGUGCACCGACACGAAGACUUCCGAGUGAACAAAGAUGUCGCUGCCCAUGUUGAGAGGUUGUUGCAGGGUGCCGUCAGCUCUUCGUCUGUUUGUGAAUGAAAGCAUCAUCCUGAGCCGCUCCGGGAAACAGCGGCUACCUUCAUCAUCACCCGCCGCCGCCGCGACGGCACCAGUCCGCCCCUACAGCUCCGACCGGGGCGGGCUGAACCAGAACCAGAAGGUGGUGGUGGUCGGCAUCCCGAACCCGUUCAUGUGGUUCCGCACGAGGAUUUAUUAUUUUCUGAUCAGGUCUUAUUUUGAUAAAGAGUUCAACAUCGAGGAGUUCACGGAGGGAGCGAAGCAGGCCUUCUCCCAUGUUUCCAGGCUGUUGUCACAGUGUCAGUUUGAAGCUUUGGAAGGACUUGUGGCUAAAGACUUGAUUGCAAAGCUUGAGGAAAAGUGCAGCUUGAUGCCAUCGAGCCACAAGAAAGCUCUCUCUGCAGAGUCUGAUGAGAUCAUGUACACAAUACCAGGAGACGUGGGAAUCUACUACGAUGAUAACGGUAGGAAGUUUGUCAGUAUCCUAAUGCGUUUCUGGUACCUGACAAGCGCACGUCUUCCUGACAGCGACAUGGAGGGAACCCGUUUCUUCCAGGUGGCCAUCGGUGGAGAGGGAGAAGCAGAAACUAAGAGACUGCUAACUGCAAAUUAUGAAUUCCAAAGGGAGUUUACCAAAGGAGUGCCUCCAGACUGGACCAUCACGAGGAUAGAGCACUCCAAGCUUUUGGAUUAAGUUGCUUUGGAUCUGAGGAAAGAACGUCAGAGACAUGAAAUUCUCUCAGUAUUUUCUUUAAUUAAAUCCAGAUUAAAACAAACUUUUAAGAUAAUCUACAGGGGGAAAACACGAUUCAUCUCCUCACUGGGAAGUCAGAGGAAAACCUCAAGACAAAACUUGGAUUCAUCUACUAGUCACUGUAGAAAUACAUCAGCCAUUCAUCAUCAUCAUCAUCACUGAUACCCGGCCCCUAACCAUACCUCCCCUAAAAAAACACUUGACCAGGUUUAUGAACUCUUGCUCUGAACGGUUUUGUACAUUAAUAAUAAUUAAAUAUUAUUUUCAGAUAAUUUAUACCCUUAUUUUAACUAAUACAUAACAUCACAUUUGUGGGGCUUGCUGCAAACUCUCAUCUCAUGAUACUGUAUUUCCAAGCAGAGAACUCUUGUUUCUCUCUGUAAGACUGUGUGGUAUGAAGAUUUGUUUCCACACACAAAUUAUUUGACCACCUGACCCUGAGGUACAUGAUAUAAAUGUACUGUAUGUGUGUACGUGUGUUUGCAAGGACUGCAACAGUUUGAUGCAGCUGCUGCAGACUGUUGAUUGUUUAAAUAAAGAUUUAAAAAA